AUGUCUUUCAUCAUGGAUACGUCCGCAACUUCAGUGCGGACAAUUCUAAGUCGAGCAGAACCUGGGCGGUGGAUCAUUCCCUUUCAACGACGUUUUGCCCAAUUAAUCAGCAGGACUCAUCUCAAGCAGAGGGCUGGCCACGCCUCAAAGCUUACCGGGAUCUAUAAUCAAGCCACGAUAUUCAGGAGAGAAUCUAACGCACUAAAAGAGAAGGGUAUCAUGAGCUGGUACGGUACCCAGGAGCCGAGGUCACCAGAUACAAGAACACUGUCCGAAGUUUUGGAAUUCCAAAGUGGUGUCGGAGGAGACUUUCUAGUUUCCUAUCCUUACUGUGGAGGCUCGGGUGCCAGCGUCCCUAUGUUUAAACUGCCAGAAGGGCUACAAGCUGGUAGUUUGUACACAGUAUACUGGCUAUGGAAACAACAUAUCGGUGAAUCACCAAUGGCUGUAUUUAGGAUCGCUCCAAGUGCAACGCCUUCAUCCUCUACCCAAGACCAGGUGUUAUGGCGCCUACGGCUACGCGACUGGUAUUACGCCUCUUCGGCCCUCGCCUCACAGGAACCAGAGGAACCAUAUUCCACCGGCUUUCAGUUCAUUCUUACCUGGCUUUCCCAAGCAUCCCUGGAGUAA